ACAUGAUUGGAAUUUGGAAACCAAAACAAUGAAAGCGACCAUUCAAAGAGUAACGAAGGCAAGCGUAACAGUUGGGGAGGAGCAGAUCAGUUCCAUAGGCAGAGGACUGUGUGUCUUACUUGGCAUCUCAGUGGAGGACACGCAGAAAGAUGUUGACUACAUGGUACGUAAGAUUCUUAACUUGCGUCUGUUUGAGGACGAGAACGGCCGUGCCUGGAGCCGCAGCGUGAUGGACGGAGGGCUGGAGGUGUUAUGUGUGAGUCAGUUCACUCUGCAGUGUCUCCUCAAGGCAAAUAAGCCUGACUUCCACUCCGCCAUGCCAGCUGAACUGGCUCAGCCCUUCUACAACCGCAUGCUGGAGCAGAUGAGGGAAGCGUAUCAACCACAACUCAUCAAAGAUGGGCAGUUUGGUGCUAAAAUGCAGGUACUUAUUCAGAAUGAUGGACCUGUGACCAUUCAGCUGGAGUCUCCUACUGGCCCAACAGACCCUAAACAGCUGUACAAACAAGAGAAGCAACAGCAGCGAAAAGAAAAAAGCCGCUCAAAAGGCCCUUCUGAGUCCAGCAGAGAGAAGGCAGCGCCCCGCUCUAAAGCUGAUCCCAGCGCCAGCAGCGGAGCCGACGGAGACGUGUCCUCUGAGCGGGAGCCGUAGAGUACCUCACCAUGCAGAUUUUCCAGGGCAAUGCUGCUGUCUUCAGGGACAUCUCUCAUGCCGCUGACUCUGUCUCAUUACUGUCCUCUCAAAUUGUGCCCAGUUGCAUUUUCUUCUAAAACUUGGAUUGUAUAUAACUUCAAGAACAAGUGGCAGCUCUACAGUUACUAGUAGAAAAAAGACUCAGGCUCAUAUCAGUAGUAUUUUAGUACAGCUUUGAACAUACCUGAAUAUUUACUAGACCAUCUAAUUUAUUUGAAUGUAUAUCUGUGAUAUGUUUUAAUAAAAAUGGAAAAGAAAA